CUCGCGGUCAGUGAAACGCACUACCACAUGCCGAUUCGCGCUGUGCUGACGCUGCAGCAGCCCGAUAAUGUAAGCAGAGAAACAUGUUGUAUGUGCACUCGAUCCAUUCCAAGUCACUUUUGGCAGAUGAAAACACGAAAAGUGUGCCUUUUUCACACACAUUUUAAGGAUGGGGCCACUUCUGUUGCCAUGCCCACUCUUGCUUCGCCCCCUUUGCGGCCUAAGCGGGACUCGGAACCGGGUGGAGCGCCUAAACUGGCGACAUGUUGCCACUUGGCCACGCGGUAA